UUUUGUUUUUCCCUAUCCUGUCAAUUUAUUAUUCUUUGGAAGAUUCUUCAUUGCCAAGCCGCCAAAGUGGAGAGUGCGAUUGCAGAAGGGGGUGCUUCUCGUUUCAGUGCUUCUUCAGGCGGAGGAGGAGGUAGGGGUGCGCUUCAGCACUAUCCCAAGACUGCCGGCAACAGCACUAGACGAGAUGACGACUCCGCAAAUGACAAAGAACGACAUGAUGCAAUCUUCAGGAAAGUAAGAGGCAUACUAAAUAAGCUUACUCCUGAAAAGUUUGACAAGCUAUGCCUUGAGCUCCUCAAUGUGGGUGUAGAGUCUAAACUCAUCCUAAAGGGGAUCAUACUGCUGAUCGUAGACAAAGCCCUUGAAGAGCCAAAGUAUAGCUCGCUAUAUGCUCAACUAUGUCUGCGACUGGCAGAAGAUGCACCCAACUUUGAUGGCCCAUCCGCAGAGAGUCAUCCAGGACAGAAGCAAAGCACAACAUUCAGACGCCUCUUAAUUUCUAAACUUCAAGAUGAAUUUGAAAACCGAACCAGAAAUGUUGAUAUCUAUGAUAAGCAAGAUGGCCCCCUCCUCCCAGAGGAGGAGGAACAGAGAGCUAUUGCUAAGAUCAAGAUGCUGGGAAACAUCAAAUUCAUUGGAGAACUUGGCAAGCUUGAUCUUAUUCAUGAAUCUAUCCUUCAUAAGUGCAUCAAAACACUUUUGGAAAAGAAGAAGAGAGUCCAACUCAAGGAUAUGGGGGAGGAUUUGGAGUGCCUCUGUCAGAUAAUGAGGACAGUAGGACCUAGACUAGACCAUGCAAAAGCCAAGUCCUUAAUGGAUCAGUACUUUGCCCGUAUGCGCUCCUUGAUGAUGUGUAAGGAAUUGCCGGCAAGGAUUCGUUUCCUGCUGCAGGAUACUGUGGAGUUGAGAGAACACAAUUGGAUUCCUCGCAAAGCUUUUCUUGACAAUGGACCAAAGACUAUCAAUCAAAUCCGUCAAGAUGCUGUGAAAGAUCUGGGAGUUUUUAUUCCUCCUCCUCUGUCUCAAGGAAUGAGAAGUGACUUCUUUCUGGAGGGACCGUUUAUGCCACCCAGGAUGAAACUUGACAGGGAUCCACUUGGAGGGCUUGCUGAUAUGUUUGGACAAAUGCCUGGUAGUGGAAUUGGUACUGGUCCGGGAGUUAUUCAAGACAGAUUUUCACCUACCAUGGGGCGACACCGGUCAAAUCAACUUUUCAAUGGCCAUGGGGGACACCUCAUGGCUCCUGUUCAAUCCCACUUUGGAGAGCUAGGCAAAUCCUUCUUGAAAAAUCCAGGGCAAAGCCAACUAUACCAUAAUCAAAAUCAGGGACUUCUGUCUCAACAAGGACAGUCUAAGGAUAUGCCUCCACGGUUUUCUAAGAAGGGACAGCUUAAUGCAGAUGAGAUAAGUCUGAGACCUGCUCAGUGUUUUGUAGUAAACAAAAACCAAGUGCCAAAGCUUCAGCCCCAGAUAACUAUGAUUCCUCCCAGUGCACAGCCACAACGUACCCAGACACCACCUCUGGGACAGCCACCUCAACUUGGUCUCAAAACAAAUCCACCACUUAUUCAGGAGAAGCCUGCAAAGACAAGUAAAAAGCCACCACCUUCUAAGGAAGAGCUGCUCAAGUUAACGGAAACUGUUGUGACUGAAUAUUUGAACAAUGGAAAUGCCAAUGAUGCUGUCAACAGUGUGAGAGAAAUGAGGGCACCAAAACAUUUUAUUUCUGACAUGCUGAGCAAAAUAGUACUUCAGUCACUAGAUCGAUCAGAUGAAGAUAAAGAAAAAGCAAGCGCAUUAAUCAAUUUACUUAAACAGGAAGGGAUAGCUACUAGUGACAACUUCAUGCAGGCAUUCCUAAAUGUAUUGGACCAGUGCCCUAAACUAGAGGUGGACAUUCCUCUGGUAAAAUCCUAUCUAGCACAGUUUGCAGCUCGUGCCAUAAUUUCAGAACUCGUGAGCAUCUCUGAACUAGCACAACCAUUGGAAAGUGGCACCCAUUUUCCCCUCUUCCUACUUUGCCUUCAGCAGUUAGCCAAGCUGCAGGAUCGAGAAUGGCUAACCGACCUUUUCCAACAGAGCAAAGUGAACAUGCAAAAGAUGCUGCCAGAGAUUGACCAGAAUAAGGAUCGUAUGCUGGAGAUAUUGGAAGGGAAAGGACUUAGCUUCUUAUUUCCACUUCUGAAACUGGAAAAGGAGCUAUUGAAGCAAAUUAAGUUGGACCCAUCCCCUCAAACAAUCUAUAAAUGGAUUAAAGACAACAUUUCACCAAAACUACAUGUAGAUAAGGGAUUUGUUAAUAUUUUGAUGACCAGUUUCUUGCAGUAUAUUUCUAGUGAAGUAAAUCCACCUAAUGAUGAACCAGAUUCUUCAUCUGCUCCUUCUAAAGAACAGUUGGAGCAAGAAAAACAGCUGCUUCUUUCCUUUAAGCCAGUUAUGCAGAAAUUCCUUCACGACCAUGUUGAUCUACAAGUGAGUGCCCUGUACGCACUCCAAGUGCACUGCUACAACAACAAUUUUCCAAAAGGCAUGUUGCUGCGCUUCUUUGUGCAUUUCUAUGAUAUGGAAAUCAUUGAAGAAGAAGCUUUUCUGGCAUGGAAAGAAGAUAUUACUCAAGAGUUUCCAGGGAAAGGCAAAGCUUUGUUCCAGGUAAACCAGUGGUUGACCUGGCUGGAAACAGCAGAAGAAGAAGAAUCUGAAGAAGAUGCUGAUUAAACCAGCCAAAGCCUUAAAUUGUGCAAACAUACUGUUGCUAUGAUGUAACUGCAUUUGACCUAACCACUGCGAAAACUCAUUCCGCUGUAAUGUUUUCACAAUAUUUAAAGCAGUAGCGGGUCAAUAGGACUUGUUUCUGCAUAAGGGUUUUUGUAGUAUGUCUUAAUCAUAGUCUACCAUAAAAAUAUUUUAGAAUAUCUUUAAUGUUUAGAUAACAGUGUAUUAGCAGCAUGCAAUAAUUACAUCAUAAGUUCAGAAGCAGUCUGUGUAAGGAUCUUCUUUGAUGCCAGUUACCAUAGGCUGUUCGUUAGAAAUCUGAAUAGCAACACUGAAUACUGUAGAAAUGCACUUUGCUCAGUGUAAUACUUGAGUUGUUGCAAUAUUUGAUUAUCCAUUUGGUUGUUACAGAGAAUCCUUAACUGUAAUUGAUGGUGGUUGCCGUAAUAGUAUAUUGCCUGUAUUUCUACCUCUAGUAAUGGGCUUUAUGUGCUAGAUUUUAAUAUCCUUGAGCCUGGGCAAGUGCACAAGUCUUUUAAAAAGAAACAUGGUUUACUUGCACAAAAAUGAUCAGUUUGAAGAGAUGGAUAGUGCCCUUGGAAGUGGUCUUGGUGGAUAUGAAAUAAAAUGGUGAGAAACUGAAUUGAUCCCUACGAUAGUAUUGGAAUUAAGUCUACUUAAUUUAUCAAGACAUGUUCAUGCCCUGAUUUUAUAUACUUGUAUCUAUCAAUAAACAUUGUGAUACUUGAAUGUUUGUUGAAAUGGCUGCUCUUUAUAUUUUCUUUGAAAAUAGAUUCUGAAGCAGAAAUUGUGUGAAUUUCCCUCAAUUCCAUUUAAUUAGGUAUAUUUUGUAUGGUAAAGUUUCUGGAGAUGGCAGCCCUGUUUCAUUUUUUCCCAGUUGUGAAUCAUAAAAUCACUUGUUAUUGAUUCAUAUGUCAGAAUCAUGAUACUGUUUGAGAUCCAUGUAAUACUAACUUGUGGAAGUGCUUGAUAUUUUUUGAGUUCUUUGUGACAUCUUCUAAACCAGGGUAAGACAACUGAAAUAGCAAAGUGUUGAAAAGGUAAAUUGGUAAGAUUAGUUGUUUCCUAUUGUCCUAAAAUGUAUUUUUUAAAUAUUCCCAGAAAUUCUGGGAAUUCAAGUUCAAUAAUGUGGAAAAGAAAGGCUGCACAAUUCAGCAUUACAAUUCUGCAAUCAAGAUUAUAUGAAUUGUAAGCCUCAGACAGCAAUAUUACCAUUGCAUUCCCCCCAAGUUUUUUUUUUAUAAAAACAAUAUCUGAAGAACUAGCUUGAAAUCCUAAAUAUCUGCUAUUUUCAGAUUCAAAUAGUUAAAAUUCAAUGCCAUAUUGUUUUGUUUUUAUUACCUUAAAAGAAAAGUAUUGUGUUCCCUUUCCAUAUGUUUCAACAUUUGAAAUAUUGAGUGUUGGGUUACUCUGCUGAGAAAAAUUGCAAAAGAAAGGGAAGCUAAAAUGAUGUAUGCAUUGAAAGUCCUUUCCUACUCUAAUGGACAGGGAGUUGGGGGUGGGACAAAGUAAAGUUAUAAUCUUCCUAAAAUUUAGGAAACUUGCCUCAUAGCUCCAAUAUUUGACAACACUGGAAUCAACAGGUUAGUGCCAAAAUGGAGCAGAACUACAUAGAUUAUUAUGUACUUAACAUUGUCUUUAAGUAUUAGCCUUGAUUGAUAUAAAUGUAUUCUUAGUUAUUGUCUCAAUUUGACUUUCUAUGGACAAAUAUUGUAUAAUCCCAAUAUAUUUUUCUGAAUAUAAUUAAUUCCCUUCACUGCCUUUCAUAAGCUACUUUGCUUGAUUAGAUCUAUUCCCCCCUCAAAAAAAGAAACUGGACAGCAUUUUCCAGAGUCUAAAACACCCACAAUGUUCCAAAUGGCUUCAUUAUUAAAGCAGUAUUUUUCAAUUACCCAUUGAUGUCCAACAGAUAGUCUUGCACUUGCAGUAUGUAAAUUCCAGGCUCAUAGGUAUCAAGGUGGAAGGAGAGUUUAUGGCAUUUUUAGCCUUUACUGAUCUUGGAUUCAGUGUUGCUAUCAUCAAAGUACUCUGGAGAAAAUAAUUACAUCUAUAACCUAAAGUUGGGUGACAGUUAAAAUUCAUCUUUAAAUUUUGUUACUAAUGAAGAGGAAUUGGUGUAGUGUAUGCUGCUUUCCCCCUUAUUUUUGCAGGCACUAUUAAGUUACUUAUCUUAAAUGUUCUGUAGUUGGUUAUUAUGGCUUAGUUUAUACACUUCAUGGCUUGUUCAGAAACCCUAAAAAUAGUUUGGAUUUACCUGAUAGGCAAAUCCAAAUUAAAUAAUGGAAUAACACAAUCUACUGUACUUUUGUCUGUAGUUAACCCUUGUUUUUCCAAGCCUCUAUCAGCUCCAUUUUACAGAACAUGGUCUAAUAUACAUAGAAACUUUACAAAAGCAGAAUAACUUGUAUAUUACUUGGAUAAUAUAAGGCAUUAGUUAUUUUUUUACAUGAAAGAUAGUGUGUUUUGUCAUGUUUUUGCCAUCUUUGUGAUUCAUAUUCUUGUAAUUAUUGGCUAUGAAAUAAACAGUUGUAUCAG